CACACCUAAAGGGGCUGCAAGUUGUAAGUGGCGCUGCUGGCCUGAUUCUUCAGCCUUCUCUGCUUGACUGACUCCGUCGCCAGCUACCAAUCCAGUCAUUCCCCAGGAGACAGAUGCUGCUUUCGUUAACCCUGCAGCGGUCCGUGAAUUCACACCGCAAGCCAACUACGACUUGGCAGCCACUCCAGCCACCAACGGAAUGGCCAACGACACAACGGGAGGUCUAUACGACGCAAAUUUCACCAUGACUACUCUCAAUCAAGCACUGCCAUCCACACAAUUCAACCCUUAUGCAGAAGAUCAUACUUCUAUGGGAGGAACUGGUACAUCGUACUAUCAAGCCCAAGCCUAUGCAGCGCCUAUGCAACCUCUGCAGUACCAUCUCUAUGCGCCAGUUGGCCCUGCCCGAUCAGAUCUGACGCCUUACCAGCGUCAGGCUCACGACUUCUUUGUUGCGAACGAUUUGAGAGAGGAUCUCCAGAAGAAGUCUGCAGCGCUACAGCAAGUAUUGUCUAACUCAUUGAUUGUUGCCGACUCGUAUCACUCGCUCGUACCCCUAGAGGGUCCUAAAAGCCAAUCUAGUAUCUUCGGUAACAUUCAGUCCUGGGUCUAUAAAGCCAAGUCCAAGAAGAAUGCGCAUGUCUACUGUCUCCGAAGACUGCAAAACACACGAGUGAGCGGGAAAGAAGCAACAAAUACUCCACUCAAUAAGUGGAAGCGUAUCGUCAAUGGCAACAUUGUCACACCCGUCGAAGUUUUCACAACACGAGAUUUCAAUGAUAAUUCUCUCAUUUUCAUACAUAACUACCAUCCAUGCUCGAAAACAUUGGCCGAACACCACUUCACUAACAAUAGUGGCAAUCGAUUCCGAACUUCGAUCCAGGAAAGCGUGCUCUGGAGCUAUGUCUCCCAGGUCUGCAACGCUCUUCGAGCAAUUCAUGCCGGUGAACUCGCAGCACGAUGUAUUCACCCGAGCAAAAUUCUCCUCACCGAGAAGAACCGUAUCAGACUUGGUGCCUGCAUGGUGUUGGACGUACUUGAGUACGACAAGCCACAACCACUAGCGGAUCUACAGCACGAAGAUCUAGUAGAUCUUGGCAAGCUCAUUAUGAGUCUAUGUCUCCACCAAAGUCAUAUUCCUAACCUACAAACUUCCUUUGCAGCUCUUGUGCAAACCAGCUACUCCUUGGAACUCAAGAAUCUGGUUGAAUGGCUCAUCACCCCGCCUGCGGAGGAGGUUGCAGAACAGAAGCACAUUGGCUUCUUGUGCCAGUCGAUCGCACACCACCUCUUUGAGACUAUGGAUGCAAGCUUGCAUGCCCAAGAUAACAUUACGUCCGAAUUCCAGAAGGAGACGGAGAAUGGCAGACUUGCCCGUCUUUUAAUGAAGCUAGGAACCAUUAACGAGCGACCAGAAUACGACAACGAUCCGAACUGGUCCGACCAUGGCGAGCGCUAUACGCUCAAGCUCUUCCGCGAUUAUGUGUUCCAUCAGGUUGACGCAAACAACAACCCGGUCAUCAACCUUGGUCACAUAUUGACCUGUCUCAAUAAACUUGAUGCCGGCAUUGAUGAGAAGAUUUAUUUGACCAGUCGUGAUAAUCAAUCGACCUUUGUCGUCACCUACAAGGAGCUGAAGAAGCAGGUCGCCAACGCUUUCCAGGAGCUCCUGAAGGCUCAGGCGGCCAAGACUGCGACAUCACGAUUUUAGGGGGACCGGCAGCCUGCGCAGGAGCCCCAACCGCUUCCGUGGCACCAAGGAAGCAUUGACUACAACUUGUUUUACAAUCCGAUGAUGUCGUCUGGAAAUCUGGAAAUCAUCAGCUGUAUACAACCACGCUCAAAACCCAAUAAUACCAUCUAUAAACUAUCCCUGCCACCAGGGCCAGUCGGUCAGGUAUAGAUGAGGGGCAUGGCAUUGGGGAGAGGUGUUUGUGGAUGAAGCCACAGUUGAUAGUAGAAAGCAAAUAUUGAAUUGAGUCUCUAGUUAAAUCAAA